CCGCCGCCAACAGCUGAUUCCCCUUCUGAAUGCGGAAAAUUUGUCUGUGUGUUUAUGAAUAUUAUGCCGAGCAAUGGAAAGAGCAAUAGUUAUACUCGAUAAAUUGGCCCGCAGUGCUUUGCGGUCGCAGAGCAAACCAAUACCGCAAAUCAACCGCCCGUUGGCCUGUGGGAAUCAUUUGAAGCGCCACCGCAGCACAUCUGGGUCAGAGUCCAAGGAAAUCCGGGAAAUGCUGAGCCAACUACCUCUCUUCGCCGGCGGCGAGAUCGUCCGUGGAUUCGGACGUGGCUCCAAGGAGCUGGGCAUCCCAACAGCUAACUUUCCGCUGGAGGUGGUGAAAUCGCUGCCUGAAUCACUGCCCACGGGCGCCUACUACGGCUGGGCGAACGUGGACAACGGACCGGUGCACAAAAUGGUCCUCAGCGUCGGCUGGAAUCCCUUCUACAGCAACAAGGAGAAGAGCGUGGAGACGCACAUGCUGCACGACUUCAACUGCGACCUGUACGGCCAGAUACUUAAGAUAUGCAUUGUGGGAUACCUGCGACCAGAGCGCAGCUUCGACUCCCUGGAGUCGCUGAUAGCCGCCAUUCGGGCGGAUAUAGAGCAGGCCAAGGAGUUUCUGGACGAGCAGGACAAGGCCAAGUUGAAGGAUGCUUCGUUCUUCACCGAGAAGCUUUGCCCCCCGAAAUAGCGAAUCCGCAAGUUAUCCUGCACAAGGAGGCCCAGCUGAAAGAGGCUUUACCGAGCAGCUCUGCCCCUGGAAAUAGUUAUUCCACAAGUUAUCUUAUCUCUCAGUUUGCACGAUGUACAAAGCGGAUUUCGAAUAACGAUUCAAGUACUUAAGUUGGCUGUUUUCAUUAAAUUCCGAUUCCCUCAUCAUGACACCAGAAAAUUAAACCAAUCGCAUUUAAUUUUGAUACCUAUCAAUUUUAUAAA